AUGGGUAUCUAUAAGAAGGAGCAAGACGACAAGGAUACAAAUAGAUGGAUUGACCAGCAAAAACAGGAGCAAGCUGGUCUCUGGAGUCUAGAUAAGAACGAUCUCGUUUCCGGAGUUCAAGAUUCACUUCAUUCCAUAUGGGACAACGUCCUAGGAUUCCCUGAUUUGUCUCAAUUGAAUAAGAAUAAUAAAUGGUUUGGACUAUAUCGCGGGGUUCCCGAUUUGAAGGAGUAUGAACAAUGUAAGGAUUUACAGGGUCUUCCCGUAUGGGAUUCACACGGAUGGUGGCAAUGUUUGUUCCCUGCUACUGUUAAGCCAGACCAAAUUAGUAAGAUGGGAAAAGUCGGUGGGUAUUUAACGAGGGACCAAGUGGAGAAUGAUAAGGAUCAUAAAUUAGGGCUGUUCUUUACUGAGUAUACCGGGUAUUUGGAUUGGAAACUAAAGAUGAUGAAGUUGGUUCAACAACAAAGAGAGAAGGAAGAAAAGACCAAAAUCGAAACGUAUGACGAUUGGAAUAAACCACUAUUGACUCCUGAAAAUAUAAUGAUGCAAGAUGGCCAGUACACGAAAAAGAAAAUAGUCGGGAAGUCUGAAUUUGUUCAAUCUUUUAACUCUAGUGAUGAAGGCAAGGGUACCGUUAAGAAUAUUAAGACAUAUUACGAUGAUGGAUCUGUACUGGUACGUUCUGAAAAGAGAAAGACACCAAAAGAUGGUGGUAAACCAGAAAUAGAAACAUCAGAAAAACUAUUAUCUCCAACUGAGGCCUCUAGUGAGGAAGAUGGUGGAUACUCUUCCGGAAUUGGAAAAUGGUGGUGA